AUGUCUCAAGAAAGAAGGUUCACUCACGAAAAUAGCGGAUUGUCAGCAUCACAAUGGGUGGAGCGGAUUCUAGAUGUGACAAGUUGUGAAUCGAUUUGUCACCUUCAACUCAAGGGAUCUCCACAACUUGAUGUGUGCGACACUUUUGGUAAACUAAAAAAUAUCCUGAAACUAUACAUCUUCAACGAGUGUUCCGAUAACUUUGCAAAGAAAGCGCUGGAAAUCAUCCUACCAGUUACCAGGGAAAUUACAUUAUUCGAAAUUCCGUUUGACACCAGAGAAGAGUUUCAGACAUUUCUGAUGAGCAAUUUGAACUAUUUGAAUGUUCAGGCCAGCACUUUCCAGAAGUUUAAGUUCACUCUUGAUGACCUUCUAAACACAAACCUACUCAAACUGCAAUUGAGAGAAGUCAAAUCGAGUGCCACAGAUAUCAGCCAAUGUCUUACAAACUGGUUUCACAGCAAACACAACUCUCGACUAGAACAUCUGAAAUUGUGCACAAAUGAAGAUAUCAAUGAAACGUGUCUUCCGGAAGUACUGAACGCUGUUCCUUUUCCAGUAAACAAAGAGAGAACGUUCUUUUAUUCAAAACAACUGGACACUUCAUCAGUAUCGUUUUGUGGAGGAUAUGAUAUCGUAAGAAAAGAUGGGAAGAAAGCCACCAUUGUAUUUGCACCCUUUUUUGGACAGACGUUCAUCGAUUUUUAUGUUUGGCAAUGA